AUGGGCAAACCACUGAGCCGGCCAGACUGUUUACGGCAGAACCGCACGUGCCUGGGGAAGGGCGAGGAUGAGGAUGGUUAUAUAGAGGAUUGCUACGUGCCCCAGAGGUCGAUAUACGACACGAUGAGAAUUAACGAGCAAAUCGAUCAGGGAUCGAAGCUCAACCAGCUUUCCAAGAGCACCCUAGGCAAAGGGGAUGGCAGCACCAUAUCCAGCAACGGGACCCUGGGAGCUUCCAACGUCUUUGAGUCCAGGGCGCCAGAGCCGAAAAAGUUGGAUGAGCGAGUCAUCUUCGACGCGCUGAAACUCAGCAGUGACGUCUCCAAGCCAGCGCCAGCUCCACCAAAGAGAAGACCAAACCCUGAGAGGAAGGAGAACGUCAACCGGCGGUCAUGGAAAUCCUUCAUGCCGCCCAACUUCACCGAAUUCGCGGAAAGGAUGGGAGCUUCGCUGAGCGAGGUGUCGGAAGCAGGAGCUUCCAACCCUUCCCUGCGGGAUAAGCGAGAUUCCAGUGCCAUGCUCACCGAGCAGCCAGGCCAGCCCGACCACGGCGAGUCCAUGUCCGAGUCGCUCACCUUGGAACACGUCUCCAAAUCAUCUGGCACAACGGAGGCUCUGGUAGCCAAGCAGUUUGGCGCGGAUGGCUACAGUGGUCCCCGGGAUGAGCAUCAGAACUUGCUGAACGUCGGUGACAGCCGCAUUAGGGACCUGGCCAGGGCUCGCCGGCUCCCCAGUGCCACCUGGCCACGGGCCAGGAAGAAUUUCAUCAAGGGAAACUUCAAUGAUGGGCACCAGGAGACCCUGGAGCCCUCCGGGUCGGACUCUACAGUGGAGAAUGUCAACCUCUCUCCGUGCCUUAGUGAAGAGCUGCUGGAUGCGGGACUGGAUAUUCUCAUCACCUCCAAUCUCAGGGAGAAAACGGAGUCUGAGCUGAGAUUUGAGGAGGACGAACGCUGGGUGAUGAUGGAGGAGUGGGAGGAGGCGACGCUGUCAGAGAGAGGAAAGGCUGUUCUGGUGGCAGAGGAGAAGAAGAGCUGUUGCUUGGCAGAUAUUUCUGAGGAAAGGGAGCAAUCCGCUGCUCCGGCGGAUGGUUCUGCCCCCAGCCCAGGGACCUCCCAGUCCUGCACAUCCCUGGGGUGUUCUGGCAGCGCGUGCUGUACUGAGGACACAGCAGUGCAGUGUGGGGUUGAGGACUUUGCUCCAGUUUUAGAGCGCUCAACCAGCCCCACGGGCCCCGAGUUGUCCGACACGGACUCGGUGCAGAUGUUCCUGGAGCUAGAAGAGCAGUGCCUGAAUGAGGAUGAGGGUGGUGGGGGUGUGCCUGGCUGCCUGGAGGUUCAGGUCUCCCCUAUGGACUCAGAGGGGCUGGACCCAGAUUCAGCCAAACUGUCGGGGUCGAUAGUCGAGGGGUGUCAGCAUAGGGUCCCUUUGGACAUCAGCGCUUCGGACUCUGCUGUCGUGUCAGAUCUGGAGGACUUCGAUGUCACCUGCAGCUCACAGGUGCUGAGCACACUGGAGCCAUUGACAGAGCCCUUUUCAGAAAGGGACACCUUAGCUGUCACCCCGACAGACUCAGAAGGUGGGGCCUCCCCCAGCCCCGUGGCCACAGCAGGGCCAGGCUCCUUCCUGGAGUGCUCCCCUGUGCUGGUGGAGGAGGAUGUUCCUGACCCACUGGUGGACCUCGUGGACAGUUGUGUGGUGGCAGUGACUGCCCCCAGCUCCGGACACAGCGGUGGAGGAGCUGGGGUCUCCCCUUCAGCACAGUGA